GCAGCGUGUCCGCGAUCUAGCCGGAGUUGUUUUCCGGUUGCACAGAACCGUGGAGACCGAACAAAAAUAUAAAAAAUCGGUCUACGGAAAAAAAAUGUCAACGAAACAAGUGACCUGCAGAUAUUUCCUCCAUGGUGUUUGUCGAGAGGGCAGCAGAUGCAUGUUCUCUCAUGAUCUGACCACAAGCAAACCUUCAACUAUCUGUAAAUACUAUCAGAGAGGAGUUUGUGCUUAUGGAGACAGAUGCAGAUAUGACCACAUCAAACCAUCUGGCCGUGGCAGCGGCCCACCGGUAGACAACACUACCAGAGCCAGCACGGCGGGAGCGUCAGUGCCAGAACCCGGACCACCAUCAAACUUGACGAAACAUGUCAAGAAACCCCUAGUGUUGAGAGACAAAGCUCUGGGUUGUGACAGCAGAGGUCAGGCAUACAGCGGAGGAGAAAGCACAGAGUGCUGGGACUACAGAGACGACAGCGCUCACGGCAAGCCGCACACUUACCUGGACGCCAUCCGCUCGGGUUUGGAGAGUUCAGCCUCUGCCAGCGCUUAUCCAGACGUGAGCCAGCAGCCUCAGCUCUGCCCGUACAUGGCGGCGGGCCAGUGUCACUAUGGAGAUAGCUGCCCGUAUCUGCACGGCGACAUGUGCGAAAUAUGUCGCCUGCAUGUUCUGCAUCCACACGACCCUGAGCAAAGGGCAGCGCAUGAAAAGAUGUGUAUGAUGGCCUUUGAGAUGGACAUGGAGAAAGCGUUCGCGGUCCAGCACAGUCAGGACAAGCAGUGCACCAUCUGUAUGGAGGUGGUGUAUGAGAAAGCGUCUCCAUCAGAGCGACGCUUCGGCAUUCUUUCCAGCUGCUGUCACACGUACUGUUUGAGCUGCAUCCGUCAGUGGCGCUGCGUCGAGCAGUUCACAAAUCAGAUCCGCAAGUCUUGUCCAGAGUGCCGUGUGGUUUCUGAGUUUGUCAUACCCAGUAUGUACUGGGUGGAGGAUCAGGACGAGAAGAAUCGGCUCAUUGAGGAGUUCAAGUCUGGGGUCAGUAAGAAGCCGUGUAAAUACUUUGAUCACGGUAGAGGAACGUGUCCAUUUGGAGGAAAGUGUUUCUACAUGCACGCCUACGCCGAUGGGACACUGGCAGAACCCGACAAACCACGCAAACAGCUCAGCGCUGAGGGCAGCGUCCGGUUUCUUAAUUCGGUGCGUCUGUGGGACUUCAUAGAGGAGCGUGAGCACCGCGGUGUACCUCAGCAUGAGGAUGAGGUGAAUGAACUGGGUGAACUGUUCAUGCAGCUGUCAGGAGCCGGAGACGAGAGCGCCUCUUCAGCAUCACAUUGAUUGCAUCACACACAAACACGGAUGCUCUUAGGUACCGGGUUCAAUACCCAGGCAAUAAAAAUUUGUUUGCAGGUUAACUUUCACGUUUACAUUCGAGAUGGUUUCCUAAGAAAACAUUUUUCCAAGUGGUUGGUUCUUGUGCAAAAGCAUAUACUACAUGAGUAUAUAACAAAUAUAAAGCACCUGUAUCAUGUCUGUAGGCUGCUAUAUUCUGCAUAAGGAUUGAAUAGAUUGUUUUAUUUAAUGCCCAAAGAUGAUUGUAUGCUCAAAAUGGAACUAAAAAUUGGUUUGGCACAUUUUACAAGCACUUGAGAAGUAUAUGAAGUUUAAUAAAGAAAUAUUGUAAUAGUGAAAAAAAAGUAACUGUUGCACUUUGUUCAUAUAAAAUGUAUACAUAACUUUAUUACUUUUGGGCAACAGGCAAUAUAUUACUGUGAUUUAACAAACACUUUGUAACUGUUUAUUCAUUGCAGACAAAUGGAUAUAUCUAUAUUUUUAGGGCCGUUUGGGUAUAGAUGAUUCAUUUUGGAGCUAAUGUAAUACUGAAUUUCACUCCUCUGGUUUACUCUUGAACCUGAUCUCAUAUGAGUUAUAUAUUCUGUUUUAUGAAUUGUAUUGUUGAGUGACACUGGACCGAGUGUAUUAAACAGUUUAGU